UGUGUUAAAAACAAAUUAAAGAAAAAAAGAAAAAUGGAAACACAGAGGUUCGUCUUCAUCGUCAUCUUCCUCCCCACCUCACGAACUCCCUCAAGCUCAGAGAAAACUCUCCCUCAUCGCUCUCUCAAUCUCGUUCGCACCUAUCUCUCAUUCUCACCAAAACCCUCUCAAACGCGCUCUCUCUAUCUCACCAAAAUCGUUCUCUCUCAACUCUCAACAUCUCUCUCUCACUCACACGAUAUCUCCAUCAACAAGCAUAUGAGAAAGAUAAAAAGAAAGAAAGAGAAGUACUUACAAAGUGUCGCGGUGGUGGCGGUGAAGAACGUACAGACGCUGGCCUCCAGGGUUUGGAUGAGAUCAAAAAAGCAUGGAAUUGGAAUUGCUUUCUUUUUUGUGCUGCUCUGUUGUCUAUCCCAUUUUGGUGUUUGCUCUGAAAAAGCAAAAAUUGGUUACAAGGAGGUUGUGGAUGUUGGUGACAUAUUGUAGUGACAACUUGUGUUUUGUCAUGACUCUAACUUGUUUGUGCAUGAACUGCUGUCGGGGUCUUGAAUGGAACAUACACAUCUCUGUCAUGGUCUGCUUCAUGAAGUAGCAGGAUAUGGUCUUGAUUCGGACUUGUCGAUGCGGAUUGUUGGUUGUUGCUGCUGCAGUUGAUGGUGCAGGAGCAGCCUUAUAUGGCGGCGGUAACGAUUUGACGUUUGGGACUAGGACUAGGUGAUAUGGAUGAUUCAGUUCCUUUAAUCUUCUGAGGAGUUAGGGCUAAUGCAUUAGGUUUGCAUUGUAUUUGCAGAAGAACACCUUAAUUUCAUGUGCAAGAAUUGUCGGUCUUCUUUGUACAAUAAGAUUGAUAUUUCGCAGGGCAACAUAUUGUAUCUCGGGUUCUGCUGAGAGUAAUGUCACAAGAGGAGGGCCCAUCUUUUUGCGAAGAUUCCGGACCACAUCAGUACUGGUGAUGAGCUCCAUUUGUUAAAGGAUCAUCUUAACAGCCGACAGUACAACUGCACAAUUGGCAUGCUGUAACCGUGGCAUAACUCUUUCUUCAAUGUUCUCUGCCUCACGCGCAUCAGCAGCCUUGUAUCUAGAUAGAGCAUCCAGUAUAAAAGCUUGACCCCGUUCUGUACAUUCAUUUAACGCAGUGAGGAGCUUUGACAGUGUGUGGCUAGUGAUCUCAAAGAUGGGUCUACUGCUAUUGUCCUGAAUUUCAGCGAAUGCCGCGACAGCAUUAGCUACAACCAUUGGAUUAUUAUCAGAUAUCAAAUCCUUCAGUGAUUUUGACUUUCUGGUUUUGUUAUUUUGAUUGUUUGC